CCACUUUUCGCACUUUUGACGACAACCACUUCCCAUUCUAAGAGCUUAGUCCUUUUUAAAUGGAAUUUCUUCAUUAAUUAAAAAAAAAAAAAAAGUGUUGAUGAUUUUUUUAAAUUUUUUUGCUUAAAUAUAAUUUUUAGUUGUUUUAUAGCACAAUUUCUUUGUUAUAAAAUACACUUAUGUGGGACCAAUACAAAUUGUUAAUACGGCGCGUUCAUCUUUAACUUUGACAAAAAAAUUGAACAUUGGAUAUGCCAUUUAUGCUAGUUAAAGAAUUUCAAUUGUUUUUAUUAAAAAUACGUUAUGUACUCUUCAGAGUACAUUUUCUCCAUAGCUGACUUGGAAUAUUAACUUCAUCUAAUUACCAUCAUAGUUAGUAGUUAACAUUUUGUUUAGAAGACUAUACUUUAAGAUUUUUUACAAAAAACAGACAUCAAAUAUUACUAAUGGGCAUUUGAACCAAUAUUUUAAAGUUUAGUAUUUUAAAACAUGGAUUGGAUGUGAAGUGUGGAUGCUACUAUUUUCAUAGUUAGUCAUUUUCCAUUGUGUAAUGUAAAUGAAUGAAAGAAAUGGAGUCAAUCAAAGAAGAUGAUAGGAGGCGAAGGUUACAAAUUCUUGAAAAUAAAUUAAGGGAUCCAAGAAGCAUUUCUAAUGUAGAUUCUUUACUGGAUACAGUACAAGCAUUAGUUGCUGAUUGUGAAAAUCCUGCUGUAAAACGAAUGAAAAAUGUUGAAGCUUACAUACAUAGAUAUGAUAAGUUUGCAUCAGAUAUUUGUCAACUACGAAUGAAACCGGAUGAUUUUAAUCUCAUUAAGGUUAUUGGACGAGGUGCAUUUGGGGAAGUUCAAUUGGUUCGCCAUAAAUCAAAUAAAAAAGUUUAUGCCAUGAAACUGUUGAGUAAAUUUGAAAUGAUAAAACGAUCAGAUUCUGCAUUUUUUUGGGAAGAACGAGACAUAAUGGCACAUGCUAAUUCUGAGUGGAUUGUUCAAUUACAUUUUGCAUUUCAAGAUCAUAAAUAUUUAUAUAUGGUGAUGGAUUAUAUGCCAGGAGGCGAUCUUGUAAAUUUGAUGUCCAACUAUGAUGUUCCUGAAAAAUGGGCUAAAUUUUAUUGUGCAGAAGUAGUACUAGCAUUAGAUGCAAUUCACUCCAUGGGAUUUGUUCAUAGAGAUGUUAAACCAGAUAACAUGUUAUUAGACAAAUUUGGCCAUCUAAAAUUAGCUGACUUUGGAACUUGUAUGAGAAUGGGAGUGGAUGGAAUGGUUAGAUCAGACACAGCUGUAGGUACACCUGAUUACAUUUCUCCUGAAGUUUUAGAAUCUCAAGGAGGAACUGGAACUGGCGAGCAUGGUGUUUACGGAAGAGAAUGUGAUUGGUGGUCUGUUGGUGUUUUUGUUUAUGAAAUGUUGAUUGGAGAUACACCUUUUUAUGCCGAUUCUUUAGUUGGGACAUACAGUAAAAUAAUGGACCAUAAAAAUUCUUUAAGCUUUCCUUCGGACAUUGAAAUUUCUCAAAAUGCAAAAUCUUUAAUUUGUGCUUUUCUUACUAAUAGAAAAAAGCGAUUAGGAAGAAAUGGAAUUGAAGAAAUAAAAGAACACCCAUUUUUUCAAAAUGAUCAAUGGACAUUUGAUAAUUUGAGAGAUUGUGUACCCCCUGUUGUUCCUGAAUUAAAUGGUGAUGACGAUACUAGUAAUUUUGAUGAUGUCGAAAAAGAUGAUGGACCCGAAGAAAACUUUCCAAUUCCUAAAGCAUUUGCAGGAAAUCAUUUACCUUUUGUUGGAUUUACAUAUUCUAGAGACUACCAACUUUUAGGAAUCAAUGCUAUAAAUGGGGAAUGUUUACACGAUACUGUGGAUUGUGGUAAAGAAGUUUUUUAUAUUGGUUCUCUUAAAAAAGAACUUGACAAUGAAAAAAAAGAAUUAUCAGCUACACGUGAACAAAAUACAAAACUUUUAGAGCAGCUACAAGAUGGUGCUAAUAGAGAGUUAAUGUUAAAACAAAAGACAGCUGCACUGAAUACUUCCAUUGCUAAUCUCCACAAAGAUUUAAAAGAUGCACAACGUAAGGCUGAUAGUGAAUGUGAAAUGCGUAGAAAAACUGAAGCAACUUUACAAGAACUUAAACGUAAACUUGAUGAAGAACAAAACAAAAGAACAAAAGAAAUGAACAAUAAUCAACAACAUAAUGACAAAAUAAAUUCAUUAGAAAAACAAAUGUUGGAAUUACAAGAAAAAUUAAAAAUUGAGACUGAUACUUGUACAAAGCUACGUAAACAGGCUGCAGAAUUAGGAGUUGCUAAAACAGCUAAUGAACGAAUGGCAGCAGAGUUACAAACUAUGUUAACCAAUUUACAGCUUAAUCGCGAUUCUCUUCAUGAAGAAUUAGCUACCUUGCAAGGACAAUUAUCACAAGAAAAAAGUUCUUUACGUGAUUUGCAAAUAGAACUUGAAAGUCGACUUCAAGCUUGCCAAAAUGAUCUUAUGCAUACUAAAAUAAGGGAACAAAAAUUAAGUGAGGAUAACAGACAACUUGGAGAGAGAACGUCACAGUUAGAAAAAGAAUGUGCUUCUUUAGUCUUAGAACUUAAAACGCUACAGUCUAGAUACCAACAAGAAGUGAGAGCUCAUGAAGAAACAGAAAAAAGCCGUUUAGUGAAUAAUGAGCAAGCCAAUCUUGAAAUAGUUAAAGUAAAAAUGGAUUAUAUAUUUAAAGCACUUCAAACAAAGUUAAGCGAAGAAAAGAAUGCUCGUCAAAAAGCAGAUUUUCUUGCUCAAGAAAAAGAAAGACAAAUAUCAAUGUUAUCUGUUGAUUACCGUCAAAUACAGCAAAGAUUGCAAAAGCUUGAAGGGGAACACAGACAAGAAGUUGAAAAGAGCAAAGCUUUGCAUGCUCAAAUUGAACAAGAAAUGACCAAGAAAUCUGCGUUACAAAGUGAAUUAGGUAAUCAUUUAUCUGAAGCUACACAAUUACGAGCAAGAGAAGCACAACUUUCACGUGAGGUAACCUUGCUCAGAGAACAUAAACGAGCCAUUGAAGAAGAAUUGCACAAAUUAAAGACGGAACACUCAGUAACAGAUUUACAAAUGAAAGAAUUACAAGAUCAACUUGAAGCUGAACAAUAUUUUUCGACAUUAUACAAAACACAAGCUGCUGAACUUCGUGAAGAAGUUGAAGAUAGAGGAAAAGGUGUUGCAGAAUUAGAGGAAGAACGAGGAUCUUUAGCACAUCAGUUACAAAUUGCCUUAGCAAGAGCUGACAGUGAAGCUCUUGCCAGAUCUAUAGCUGAAGAAACAAUAGCAGAUCUAGAAAAAGAAAAAACCUUAAGAGAACUUGAAUUAAGAGAUAGUCAAAGCCGCCAUAGAAACGAUUUAGAAUCUAAAGAAUUUACUCUGAAUAAUUUACGAGAAGCUGAAAAUGAAUUAAAAAAAAAAAUGGAACAAUUAAUUAAAGAAAAUGAAGAUUUGAAGAAUCAGCUAUGUGUCAUACAAGAAGAAAGUAAAAAGAACUUUAUUGAAGAAUUAGAAAAACUUCGUAAACAGUUAAAACAAGAACAACUUUUGAAAGCUCAGGCCGUUAACAAACUAGCUGAAAUCAUGAAUAGAAAAGAUAACACUACAAAGGGAGGAAAAAACAAAGUUUCAUCCGCUGAUUUACGUAGAAAAGAAAAAGAAUGCAGAAAACUUCAACAAGAGCUCACUCAAGAGCGUGAAAAAUACAAUCAGGAAGUCACAAAAUGGCAGAAAGAACUUCAGGAACUUCAAUCUCAAGUUGUUGAAGAAAAUGCUAGCAAAUUAAGACUUCAAAUGGAGUUAGAUUCUAAAGAUUCAGAAAUUGAACAACUCCAAGGAAAGCUCACUACUUUAGGUAGUGAAACUGCAUCAUUAAGCAGUGCUGAUAAUGAUGACAUUGAUAUUUAUACUCAAGAAUCUCGAUUAGAAGGUUGGCUAUCAGUUCCUAAUAAGCAAAAUAUUAGACGACAUGGUUGGAAAAAACAAUAUGUUGUGGUAUCAUCAAAAAAAAUAUUUUUUUAUAAUUCUGAGAGUGACAAACAAAACACUGAUCCUAUUUUAAUAAUAAACUUAAAUAAAGUAUUUCAUGUACGAUCAGUAACUCAAGGUGAUGUCAUUCGUGCUGAUGCCAAAGAUAUUCCUCGUAUAUUUCAAUUGCUAUAUGCUGGUGAAGGAGAGGCUAGAAGACCAAAUGAUAGUGGUCCUGAACAUCUCUCUAGAAGUACAAGUGUAACCAGCACAAUUGAUGAAAAACCCGGUACUAUUACAUUAAAAGGACAUGAAUUUGUUCAAAUAUCAUUCCACAUGCCAACUAAUUGUGAAGUGUGUCCUAAGCCUCUAUCAAAUGUAUUUAGACCACCACCAGCUUUGGAAUGUAGAAAUUGUAGAAUCAAAGUACAUAAAGAACAUUUGGAGCGUAAAGAAGAUGCUAUUGCUCCUUGCAAACUUCAUAAUGAUCCAACAUCUGCAAAGGAGUUAUUGAUAUUAGCACCUAGUCGAGAUGAUCAAAAAUUAUGGGUUCAACGAUUAAGCAAAAAAAUACAAAAAUUUGGCUAUAAGGCUAACACUAAUCCUGACGGUUCAAAAAUUUCUCCUAGAGAAUCUACUCGUUCUACAAUGAAAUUAUUCAGCUCUAAUGCUGCUCACCAAAGAUCUGCUACGUUGCCUUCUAAUAUGUCAAAAUGAACUGAACGUAACAUAUAGUUAUUAUUAUAAGCUAAUUUUGAGUAAUUAUAUACGUCACUGAAGUUAUAUAUAAAUUUAUAUAUUUGAUGGCAUGUCACAGUAAGGUAAUUUAUUUAAAACGAAAACAAG